AUGUGGGGUGCUGCUGAAAAAUGUUGUGAAAGCAAUGAUACCGAAAUAAGAAUAUUUGUGCUUCUUGCAAGAAGAAUCAACACCACGUCGAAUCAAGUUAUUACUAGUGAUGAUUUGACCACAUUCGGAGACGGGCUAAGAGAGGCGUACGGUCUUGACGCGGAGCAAUGUAGAAACUACAUUCUCAUUCUUGGAGUUGAGCUCGCGAAGAAAAUUUACGUAUGGACGGGAUCUGACGUGGUAUUUCCAGAGGGUCGCAUGAAUAUGUCAGUAAAUCUACGUAGAAGCAUGUUUCUGGAAAAGAAUUACAUGGAAGGACUGAAUAAAAUUGUUGAUGAAAUUGGCGAUGUGCUGGUCGAUCUCAUUCAAGUAGAGGAACACUGUAGGAAGCGAAACUUGAAUAAAGAAAGGGAACUAAAAAAAGGAAUAGUGGCAUCAAGAAGCUGCCGUAUGUUCGCCAGCGAUAUUGGUUCGACUUCAGCAUGCUGCCUUGUUGUUGACAUUACAAUACAAAAUAGACGCUUUAUAUCCAUUCAGGAUUCCUCUACAGCUAUAACUCUCAGCGAUAGGAUAUUCAACUUCACUGUAACCACGCCCAUUGAAAAUACGACUGCUUCGUUAAGAGAGACAUUUUCAACACCCACGUGA